CUGCCACCCUCAGCCCACCUGAGCUCACAACCACCACCGCCUAAACCAGGGGCCAACAGAUGUCCACUUUCCCACACCACCCAAGCCAGCACGCCCCGCAUCGCCGCACCACCACAGCCCGGCCGACCGCACAUCGUCGUCAAGUCAAGCCGAACUGCUUACCUCUGUCACUAUUCCCAUCUUCCUCAAGCUCCAGCACCGAGGCUAAGAUGUCUGAUCAACGCGUGAGCGCUAGCAUGCUAGGCAGCUCAGAUACGAGCUCCAAGGAAUUCACGCUAACGCCGUAUCAAAAGCAAGCUUUAGUAGCCGUUAUUGAUAUAUUUAUUCCUUGUUUCAGGCCUGAUGUUUUGAUGACGCGAGAAAUUUCUCAAUCAUUGAUUGAGAAAUCAUUGAUUGGCAAAUUAGACCCUAUAUUCCGGCAGGUAACGCAGAGCCUGUCAUUUUCUGAAUGCGCUAUUCUUUCUUCUGCAAAGCAAGGGUUUAAUCCCUGGGGCCUGCACCAGUUUGCUCUUAGCAAGAAUCGAGACUACCAAGUGGAACAAGGAAUGGCAAAUAGGUAUGGCAUACAGGUGAAAUACCUGGAAGUUGCUGAAUUCGACUUAAGUUUUGACAAGCUCAAGCAAAAGCUUGAAGAGAGAAUCGAGCCUCUAGCCCGUGACCAAAAUUGUACAUUUGACGUCUUGAAGGCCUUCACAGGUCUUACACUUACAAUUCAAAUGGACACUGAAGAGGAUCUUGCCAGUUAUCUCAUUCAUCAAACAACGUCGUUUUGUUAUGCGUGCAUAAAGGAGUCGGAUUAUAGCCGUCCUUUAUUGCGGGCAUGGUUCAUUAGCGAGGGCGCUCAACAUAUCGAGACAUGCAUAGGCAUGUUGGACCAUGCGGUAACUUAUCUCGACGUUGAUGCAGCAUUCAGAAUGAUGGCAAUUAUAUAUUGUGGGUUCAGAAUCCAGGAUGAAAUGAUACUAGAACCCUACACCAUUCCAGGACGCCGAGGUGACUGUCGGCAACCGCAGAAGAACCGCCGGGCAUUUUUUAAGUGUAUCGACAAUCUUCGUCAAAAUGAACGAUUUUCACAAGAUCUGGGUAUUUACGGUUCAUAUGCAGAUAGCUGUUGAUCGAACGUGCAAGGUAGCAUCGGAUGUCGGG